CCCGGUGUCCGGUUCGCCGUCGUGACGUCACUCGCCGGACUCUCGGCUGCGCGAGGACGGGACGGGGCGGGGGGCGGCCAGCGGCGACCUUUUCUCUUUAUUUUUCCUUCUUUUCUCCCUAAAAACACCCUCAUCAUCCCCGAAACGCACCGAACAUUCUUCCCGCGGCCGGAGAGCACCGUCACCGGCGGGAUUGCGGCGAAAGGGCUCGCGGCCUCCGCGGGAAAGUUUCUGACCGGCGCUCGUGACAGCGGCGGGAAUCUCGCGCGGCUCCGGGAUUUGACGAGACGGGGAUUCGGCGCGGAUAACGGAGAAAUAACGUCAAAUAUUGUCGAAGUUUGUGUGUAAAUAUAAAUAGAGUGGAAGUCAGAGCCGCAGCGCCCCCGCCGGUAAACUAACGGUAAACUCACGGGAAACUCUCCAGCGACACACCGGCGAUCAGCGGUAACGUAACGUUACUCGGUGAAGGAUGGCUGCCUCAGUGAAGGUAGCGGUGAGAGUUCGGCCCUUUAACUCCCGCGAAACCAGCCGAGAUGCUAAAUGUGUCAUACAGAUGCAGGGAAACACCACCUGCAUCUGGAACCCCAAACAGCCCAAAGAAGCAGCCAAGAACUUCAGCUUUGAUUAUUCGUACUGGUCUCACAGCACGGAGGACGACCCAGCGUUCGCGUCCCAGCAGCAGGUGUAUCUGGACAUCGGGGAGGAGAUGCUGCUUCACGCCUUUGAGGGCUACAACGUCUGUAUAUUCGCCUACGGUCAGACCGGAGCCGGAAAAUCCUACACCAUGAUGGGAAAACAAGAGCCUGGACAACAAGGCAUCAUUCCACAGAUGUGUGAAGAUCUGUUCAAGCGCACCAGUGAGAACACCGAUCCUGAUCUGUCCUGCUCCGUCGAGGUGUCCUAUAUGGAGAUCUACUGCGAGCGAGUGCGGGAUCUGCUCAACCCCAAGAGUAAAGGAGCGCUGCGGGUGCGAGAGCAUCCCAUCAUGGGGCCGUACGUCGAGGACCUGUCCAAACUCGCCGUCACGUCCUACCAUGACAUCAGAGACCUCAUGGACGCGGGGAACAAGGCCCGGACGGUGGCAGCGACAAACAUGAACGAGACCAGCAGCCGAUCGCACGCCGUCUUCACUAUCGUCUUCACUCAGCGCCGCCGAGAUCAGCUGACCAGCCUCGACACAGAGAAGGUCAGUAAGGUGAGUCUGGUGGAUCUGGCGGGCAGUGAGCGAGCUGAUUCCUCCGGAGCCAAAGGCGUGAGGUUAAAGGAAGGUGCUAAUAUCAAUAAAUCUCUCACCACGCUGGGGAAGGUCAUCUCUGCUCUGGCUGAAAUGCAAAACAGCAAAAGAAGAAAAAGUGAGUUCAUCCCAUACAGAGACUCAGUGCUCACCUGGAUACUGAAGGAGAACCUGGGUGGUAAUUCUCGUACGGCUAUGAUCGCUGCUCUCAGUCCUGCAGAUAUUAAUUAUGAGGAAACACUCAGCACUCUCAGAUAUGCUGACCGUGCGAAGCAGAUCCGCUGUAACGCUGUAAUUAACGAGGAUCCAAACGCUCGUCUGAUCAGAGAACUGAAGGAGGAAGUGAACCGACUCAGAGACCUGCUGCUGUCACAAGGACUGAGCCGGCUGGUCACUGCUCCAGCUGCUGAAGUCAAUAAUAACCAUGUGGGUGUCACUCUAAUGCCUGCUGACCCCUCCUCCAAUGGAGCUCCGCCCACAUCCACACCUGUCCCAGGAGAAGGCCCCGCCUCUGAGAGUGACCCCGCCUCUCUGGAUGGCCACGGCCAAUUAGAAGAGUUUCAGGGUGAGAUGAUUACCAAUGAGGAGGCAGUGGAGAGACUGAAGGAAACAGAGAAGAUCAUCGCUGAGCUGAAUGAGACGUGGGAGGAGAAGCUGAGGAAGACGGAGUCUAUACGCCUGGAGAGGGAGUCGAUUCUGGCAGAGAUGGGAGUGUCCAUUAAAGAGGAUGGAGGAACUGUCGGAGUGUUUUCACCAAAAGGGACUCCUCACCUGGUGAAUCUGAACGAGGAUCCGCUGAUGUCUGAGUGUCUGCUGUACUACAUCAAAGAGGGUGUGACCAGGGUUGGUCAGAAGGACGUGGACAUCAAGCUCAGUGGUCAGUUCAUUAAAGAGCAGCACUGUGUGUUUUACAGCUACAUCAACCAGAACGGAGGAGUGGACGUGACUCUGGAGCCGCUGGAGGGGGCGGAGACGUACGUGAACGGGAAGCAGAUCACCGAGUGUGUGCUGCUCAGACAGGGAAACCGCAUCGUGAUGGGCAAGAGCCACGUGUUCCGGUUCAAUCACCCAGAGCAGGCGCGCCUGGAGCGCGAGCGCAGCAGCUGUGUGGAGCAGCAGGGCGAGCCGGCCGACUGGAACUACGCUCAGAGAGAGCUGCUGGAGAAACAGGGCAUCGACAUCAAGCUGGAGAUGGAGAGGAGGUUACAGGACGUGGAGAUUCAGUAUCGGAGAGAGAAAGAGGAAGCAGAUCUACUGCUGGAGCAACAGAGACUGUACGCAGAUUCAGACAGUGGAGAUGAUUCUGACAAACGCUCAUGUGAAGAGAGCUGGAGGCUCAUUUCGUCCCUGAGAGAGAAACUACCAGCUAACAAGGUUCAGUCCAUAGUGAAGCGCUGUGGUUUACCCAGCAGCGGCAAACGGCGCGAGCCGCUCCGUGUCUAUCAGAUCCCGCAGCGCAGACGCAUCAGCAAAGACCCCCAGCAGGUGACUAUGAGCGACCUGAAGCUGCAGGCGGUGAAGGAGAUCUGCUAUGAGGUGGCGCUCGCUGACUUCCGGCACUCGCGGCGUGAGAUGGAAGCGCUGGCCAUCGUCAAGAUGAAGGAGCUCUGCCGCAUGUACAGCAAACGAGACGCGGCCGAGAGCGAGUCCUGGAGGGAGGUGGCGCAGGACGUGUGGGACACGGUGGGCAUCGCAGAGGAGCGCACGCUGGAGACCGCAGACGGAGAGAGCGGCGUGUACGACCUCAGAGCACACAUCGACAAACUGACCGACAUCCUGCAGGAGGUCAAAGAGCAGAACAACAUGAAGGACGAGGAGAUCAGAGCCCUCAGAGACCGCAUGAUGAAGAUGGAGAGCAUCAUCCCGGGAGUGCAGCAGGAUGAUGAUGACGACGACGAAUCAGAGGAACUGCCCAUGAACGGCGAUCAGGGGCGGGGCGAUGACCCGGAUGGGUGUGGCCCUCUGGAGCUCCUCCCUAAAGAGGAGCGAGUGUCACGGCUGAUGGAAGAAGACCCUGCCUUCCGGAGGGGCCGCCUGCGCUGGCUCAAGCAGGAGCAGAUGCGUCUGCACAACCUGCAGCAGCAGCAAAUCACCAAGCGGCUGCGCAGAGGGGGCGGAGCUGGGGGCGUUGCCGGGGAGGGUGUGGUCCACCUUCCUGGAACGGGACGCUUCAUUCCCCCUCAGGACUGCAAGCUGAAAUUCCCCUUUAAGAGCAACCCACAGCACCGGCUCUCUUGGGGCCCGAAUGCAUCCAUCACUCUGGACGAUCUCAAAGAUGAACGCAACGAGGGACGAGGCCCCGCUCCCGGCGUGCCGUUACUUCCUCUACCGUUCCAAGUGCCAGUCAUCAUGCGCGCGCCCUCCCCCAGUCGCCUCUGGCAACCUCCCCAAUACGGCAACUGUAACUAUGGCAACGGCAAUCCGUUUCCUCAGCAACAGUGGCGUUACAGGCGCAACUCACUGGAUGGCUCCACCGUGCCUGGCAACCAGGGUUACUAUAGCAACGGGCACCACAACAAUAACGGCACGCAGCAUUCUGGGCGCGGUCGCUAUCGGCGACAGUCGCCGGGUCCUUGCGCACGCGGGGAGGGGGCGUAUGUGCAACCGUACGUCAAUCAUCAGCGGCCCGCCUUCCAGACUCUACCGCACACGCUUUCCGAUCAACAGCGCGGCAGAAACCAAAAACCACAGGGCUACGUCACUCCGCCGCGCAUGAGACGGCAGAACAGCGCCCCCGACCUGAAGAGCAAAGAAACGCCCGUCUGAUGUGUGCGCAAGUCUGUCGUUUUACUGUCGUUCACGUAAGAUGUCAUGAAAUACAAAGCCGUUUUGUUUUAAUGGGUUAGUUAACAGUCUCGUGUAGCCAGACUAUCAGCAGAAUUCAUUCUGGCCAAGAACCGCCCACUUUUGACAGGAAGAGAGCGUUUGAAUGACAGUUAAAACCUGUUUGCAAUGAGAGCGAUAACUAUGAUGAUGGUUUAAUAUUCGCUCUUAAGGUGAGCUCACAUUUACUGUAGUUCUGCACAGUUUUGCAGGCGAAAUCAAGUUGUUUUAAUAGGAAUCUACGCGAUUGGGAAUUUUGCAUGAGAGCGAAAGAUUUCAUUGGUCAGGCAAAUUUGCCGCGUAAGAGACAAUGUCUCUGACAAUGUUUUUUUUUUGUCUGUACAAUUUCACCAAAAAAUCACAAAUGUGACCUUACUAUAAACAGUGUUUUAUGUAUCGUUACACUUUUGAUUAUGGACAAAAUACUUUUUCAGUCUGUUACAUUUUGAAUGUGUUUAGCUAAUGUAACCAUCACGUAAUUAGAAGUCCACCUCACGACUAUAACGAUUAGUUCUGCACAUUUUUGAAGGGUAAAAUCAAGUCCUUUUAAUAGGAAUCUACGCGAUUGUGAAUUUUGCAUGAGAGCGAAAGAUUUCGCAACUGGUUCAAGUUGGUCAGGCAAAUUUGCGGCGUUGACCAACAAAAACUUGGAUUGAAAGUGAUUUCUUGGAUUGUAAGAGACAAUGGACCUUUUUUUUUCGUUUGCCAGAAAUUUGCAAAAAUUUGUGACCUUGCUUUAAGCAGUGUUUUAUGCAAUCGCUACAGUUAACAUGAUAACGGACAACAUACUUUUUUAGUUUCUUACAUUUUGAAUGUGUUUAGCUAAUGUAACCAUCACUUAAUUAGAAGUCCACAUUACGAUUAAGAUUUGUUCUGCACAUUUUUACAGGUGAAAUCAAAUCGUUUUAAUAGGAAUCUACGCGAUUGGGAAUUUUUUUCGCGAAAGAUUUCCCCACACAGAUUUCACAACUGGUUCAAGUUGGUCAGGCAAAUUUGCCACAUUGACCAACAAAAAGCUGCUUGGAUUUAAAACGAUUUCCUGGUUUGUAAGAGACAAUGGACCUUUUUUUGACUCUGAAAUUUCGCCAAAAAAUCGCAAAUGUGACCUUACUAUAAACAGUAUUUUAUAUAUUGCUACACUUUUGAUUAUGGACAACAGACUUUUUUAGUUUAUAAAUUUUGAAUAUGUUUUGAUAAUGUAAUUAUCACUUAAUUAGAAGUCCACAUCAGGACUAUAACGAUUAGUUCUGCUCAUUUUUACAGGUGAAAUCAAGUCCUUUUAAUAGGACCUUUUUGUCCGUCUGUGAAAUUUCAUUUAUGUAUCCCUACACUUUUGAUAAUGGACAACAGACUUUUUCAGUAUGCAAAAUUUUGAACAAGUCCACAUCACAUUCACAACUAUAACGAUAACGACACAGAGGAGCAAUAUCAUUGGAAUCACUUUCAAAACGAAAACAUUGACAACCAAUCAGAAUCCAUCCGAGCUCAAGCAUUUAAAGCGACAGACGACAAAACUGAAUUUUAUUGUCCACUGGUGAGCACGACUAUAGCUAUCAUUACAGUUAUCGUUCUUGGAGUGAACGGGCCUUUAGUCCUGGUCAUCCAAUCAGAUUAGAGCUUGUGGUUUUUGCAAAGCUCUCAUUAUUUUAAGUGCAAUAUGCAUGUGUGGGCGGUCCGAGACUAGUUAACCCAAACUGACCCAAACUCAGUUGACGCACAGUGGCACGUCACUUCUCCGUCUGUGUGUUUAGUGUUAUUCAGGAUCACGUACCUCCAGCAAUGACUCGGCCCAGGACUAGCUGUGCAUUAGUUUUGGGUGUUCGUAUGUUCAGCCUUAAUGUGCCUUAAUGAGAUGCCGAUAAUAACCUGAGAUCACUGAAGGAAAUGCCAUGGGAGUGUGUGAGUGUGUGUGUGAGACGCUGAUGAUUUACUGUGUGAGAUCUGAGGAAGUUUUGAUGCUCGAUUCAUGGAUGUGGUUCUUUUGAACCGGUUCUUGCAAAUGAUUCGUUCACCUGAUUCAGAACGGAACAAAACACAAAUGUUCUGGCUUCAGUACAUGUUCAGAUGCUGCUAGAAUCAUUUGACUCACUAUUUCAUUUUAUUUCAGUCUUUCAAUUUUUUUAAUCAUUUUUUUAUCGUUACGCCAAACUCAGCAUUUCAGUAAUGGUCUUUAGCGUAAUAAACUGAGCCAGAUGAUCAGUGUUAAACUACACAAGAUUUCAUCACACUCGUCGAUUCACCUCGUUCACAGCUCAGUUAAUGAACAUUUAACCAGAAACGUUUGAACUGAAAUAAACAUCACUGAAUGACUCGAAUCAAGAACCAGUUCACUGAAACGAACCAGCUGAAUCAAACGAUUCACUGAAAUGAUUCAGACUAGAGGAGAGAAAUUAGACAUGCGAAAGUGUGUAGAGCUGGAAUGAGUUUACUAACAGAUGAUGAUGAUGAUGGUGAAAGUGAUGUGAGAGUUCAAAGGUCAAUGAAAUGGAUGUGAAGAUGCAAGUCGUGUGAGUUUUAGAGGUGUUUUUAGGAUUUCUGUGGGUUUUUUAAGUUGCGAGUGAACGUGCAGAUGACGGAUGUUUUAAACUCGACCAGAUGGCUGAAAUAUUUUGACUAUUUAUUUGGAUUAUGAUUCCUGUCGUUUGAUCCGUUUUGACGUUAUUUUUGAGGCAGAUUUCGAUCAGUCGUGCAGUGGUGCAUCAUGCUGGACGCUCGAGACUCUUAAGAAGAUUCCCACUGCAUGCCGUCAGACACAUGCUGCGUCCCAGUUCACCUGCUUAUACUGUGCCCUAAAAGUGUGUACUCUUUUUGUGAAGAAAAAUACAGGCUUUUGAGUAUGUAGCAGAAUUGUAGGCAAGCUUUGGGACAUACUACUUAGUUAUUAACGAACGCUCUGUUGCUUAGUUGCUUGAAUUCUGUCACUGUUUAAACUGCCCCGUCAAUCAUCUUAUCACAGUUAACGAAAUUCACAUUUCGUUUAAUUUAAUUUCCUACCGUAUUGGAGAGAAAUAAAGAAGCACAUCGCGGGUCUAUCACGCAGAGAACUCUCUUCAUAUGUUUGCAUAAUGAUGCAUUUAAAAGUGAAUGACUAAAUGUAUCAUUAUAAAAGUUCACGAUGUUUCUGCAGAUUAAAUAUAACGCGCAUAACAUUAAAUAAAUAUUUUUAAAUCAGGUUAGAUAUUGAUUAUUUAUCAUUCAAACACCGUUCUCUGCCUGUUUGUCAGUCUCGCAUAACUGCCAUGUUUGUAGUUUUAAACACUUUUUAUGUGUGUUUGUAGUUCUAAAGGAAUCCUCGUCCACCGCGCAAUGUAUUGUGGGUAAUAUUAGCCGUUAGAGUGCUCUUCGAAUUUUAAUCUCAAGUAGUAGACCAUCCGGGAAUCUUUGGCACACUAUGAUUUGGGACGUAAUAAUUCUGUUUUCGAAUACUGUUUAGGGCAGAUAGUAUGUGAAUUUGGACGCAGCAAAAGACACAUGGGAGGCUGUUCUUGUGUUCGGUGUCGUCAUGGUAACUGCGUCGCAGGGGGGGGGGGGG